AUGUCUUUUCUCAGGACUGUUUUAAACGACUCCGUCAUCAUUCGUCCUCCAGGCUUCUAUAUCAUUGGAUUUCAGUCGUUUCCCUACAUCAGUGUCUACUUCAUCUUUCUAGCGUUUGUGUAUGUGGUUACAGUGCUGUUCAAUUGUUUGGUGAUCUGUGUAAUUGCCUUUAAUCAUCGUCUACACACUCCAAAAUUUUGGGCUGUUGUCAACCUCGCAGUAAUUGAUGUUUUCUUAAACACGUGUACUAUUCCCAGCAUGAUAAAGAUAUUUCUCAUUAAGGACAAUUUCAUUCCAUUCAACUUGUGUUUGGUACAAAUGUAUGUAUAUUAUACAUUUGUGUCAUUAGAGUCAUAUGCACUAGCUGUACUUGCGUAUGACCGCUUGAUCGCAAUAUGUUUCCCUCUGCGUCAAAACUCAGUCAACACACUGCGGAGCAUGUCUUGUAUUGUCGGCCUGACUUGGUCUUUUGCUCUGGGAGUAACAGCAUUUACAACAGGUAUAAUAACUCGACUGUCUUUCUGCAAUUCUCUCAGAGUGUUCAGUUACUUCUGUGACUAUGCACCUGUGUUUAGACUCGCCUGUAAUGAUUACACAAUGCAGUGGUUUGCAGCUUCUUUUCUCACUGUUUUGCUGCUUGGAGGACCCUUUAUUUUCAUUCUCCUGUCUUAUGUCACCAUCCUGGUGACAGUGUUCAGGAUGAAAUCAUUGGAUAGUCGAGUGAAAGCUCUGGCCACAUGUGUUGAACAUAUCAUCCUGGUUGCUGUAUUUUACAUUCCUCUCAUUACCAUUUUCAUGAUUGGAUUUUAUCUGCGGCUUAUUGAUCCAGACCAGCGUGUGCUGAGCCUGUCACUGGCCUCUUGCCUCCCACCCUGCAUCAAUCCUAUUGUAUAUUCUUUGAAAACUAAAGAGAUAAAAGUCAGAGUCCUGGCACUGCUAAGAAAAAAUAAAAUCGGCACAGACCACAAAAAAGGUUGCAAAACUUCAGGCCCUUAA